AAGUUUGUGGAGUGGAGGAACGGGAAGUUGGUUGAAUUGUUCUCCUUUCAGCUGUCACUUAAUUGUUGUAAGAGGAAGGAGGAGAGAAGAGGAAGAGGAUGGCUGGAGGCUCCGUGUCGGAGUGUAAGGAGUACCUGUUUAAGGUGUUGGUGAUUGGGGAGUUAGGUGUGGGCAAAACCAGUAUCAUUAAACGCUACGUGCAUCAGCUUUUCUCUCAGCACUACAGAGCAACAAUUGUGUUGACUUCGCUCUCAAAGUGCUUCAACUGGGACAGCAAAACUUUAGUCCGCCUGCAGUUAUGGGACAUCGCAGGUCAGGAGCGCUUUGGAAACAUGACCAGAGUAUACUAUAAGGAGGCCGUGGGAGCAUUCGUGGUGUUUGACGUGACCAGAAGCUCCACAUUCGAAGCAGUGUCAAAGUGGAAGCAUGACUUGGACAGCAAGGUGAAAUUAGCAAAUGGCAACCCUAUCCCCUCUGUCCUGCUGGCUAAUAAAUGUGACCAGAAGAAGGACGGCUCUAAUAACGCUUCACUUAUGGACAACUUCUGCAAGGAGGCCGGCUUUCUGGGCUGGUUUGAGACCUCAGCCAAGGAUAAUAUAAACGUUGACGAGGCAGCCCGGUUCCUGGUGGAGCACAUUCUCCUCAACGACAAAGGUGUUCCAUACGAAGAGAGCAAUGGCGAUCGUAUCAGGCUGGACCAAGAGGCUGUACCUGCAGAGAUCAAGUCAGGUUGUUGCUAGCAUCAGGCCUUAAUCUGUUCUUUCACUUGCCACAAAGAAAGGGUUAGCUACAGACUGAGACCCAAAGCUCCAUCAUGUCCUCUACACUCUUCAUCUCAAUCAUCUAUUCUGAAACCAAUGGUACAAGCAUUUUAUGGCAUACAAGUCUUGGCUCUCCAUGGUUGAAACCAUAGCCAUGAAGAUUAUGCUGAGUAUAAUGACCAUUUGUCUCUGUCAUUCUUCCCACCUCUCUCUCUCUCUCUCUCUCUCUCUCUCUCAACAUUGUUCAUAUAAGAUGUUUAUUUGUAGUCUUCAAUAGUGUUGGGUGUUUAACCAUAUGUUGUUGAGAAUAAAUGCAACCCUAUGGGUGUCCUAGGAGGCUGUACCAAGUA